GCCUUGCUCACCCAGACGUACCGCAUCGGAGGAUUUCUCAUCUCGGAGGAGGUCAUUGUUGACGCCGUCAUCGCCGUGGGCAUCUCGCUUGCGUUCGCGCAGACGGUGCUGUACUUUAACGAUGGCGACUUUCGCCUGCAGUGGCUCGACUGGUCGAACCCGCUGUCCCUGGUCAUCUUCUCCCUGACCAUCUUCUACGUCCUGGAGGUGACGGCGCGGCUCGUGGUGCUCGGGCCCGAGAGGUUCUGGAACCAGAACGCCUGCAUGAACCGCCUGGACCUCGUGAACGUGUACGGCCUGGUCGUCGCGGAGGCCGUCUGCAAGAGCAUCCCGGCCUACGCCGAUGUGGGCUCUCACCUGGUGGUGCUCCUGCACAUCGCGCGCUGCCUGCGGCUCUUCCGCCACGUGAAGCAGCUCCGGUUCGUCGCGCACCUGACGGUGAGACUGUGGCCCACCUAUCAGCGGACUACCGCAUGGGCAUGCUCCUGCUGCUGCUCUUCUACAUCUUCGACACCAUCGGGGUCCAG